UUGUUCCUGGAAAAAUAAAGCCAUGAUCCUGCUCAUUUUGAAUGUGUGCCUGGCUGCAGUGUUGUACCAGCCUACUGUUCAGGCCUCUGACAGUUCUGCUAGUCUGAUGACCACCAAUGUAAAUCAGCAAAAUGAAAUUGUUAACAAGCAUAAUGAUCUAAGGAGAAGAGUGCAACCAUCUGCUAAAAAUAUGCUAAAAAUGAACUGGAACAAUGUGAUUGCACAAAAUGCACAAAGAUGGGCAAACCAGUGUAAUUUAAAGCACAGUUCACAACAAAGCAGACUAAUAGAUGGCACAGGCUGCGGUGAAAAUCUCUACAUGUCAAGCGCCCCUAACUCAUGGUCUGAUGCAAUUCAAGCUUGGUAUAAUGAAGUUAAAGACUUUGCAUAUGGCUCUGGAGCAAAGACAAGAGGAGCAGUGAUUGGGCAUUAUACUCAGGUGGUUUGGUACAAAUCUAAUGAAGUGGGAUGUGCUCUUGCCUACUGUUCUGCCCAGCCAAUCUUCAAGUACUUCUAUGUUUGCCAGUACUGCCCUGCAGGUAACUAUGCAGACAAGAUGGCCACCCCCUAUUCAACAGGACAACCGUGUGGGGACUGCCCGAAUAAUUGCAACAAUGGAUUGUGCACCAAUCCAUGCAAGGAAAAUGAUAAAUAUACAAACUGUGCGGACUUAAAGAAUCAAUGGGGCUGCGGCAAACCUAUAAUGCAAGACUGUAAGGCUAGUUGCACAUGUACCACAGAAAUUCAAUAAGGCUCCAGAUUCACUUCCUGACGCCAGACAUCUGUUUGUAUUAAAAGUGUAACAUCCUUUACUAAAUUAGACUAUCAUAUAUUUUUGAUUGUCACUGAACAAAGAUUGUAUACUACUACAGACAAAACCAUUUUGUAAGCAAAUUGUUUCUAACAGAUGCAAGUAAUUAUUUCUAAUUAUUACAAAAAUGAGUUUUACAUUAGAUUUUUCCUCUCUCCUUGUGAU